AUUAUGUAAUUAGUUUAUAUUCUAAAAAGAGUGUAUGGGUGAGGGUUAAGAGAGAGAGAGAGAGAGCAGAAAUGGCGAUGGAAGAUGGAAUGAACGAAGUACCAGAUGAAAUAGUUGAACACAUUCUUUCAUAUGUGGAGACGAAGGAUGCAAUGCAAUGCAGUGUUCUCAGCAAAAGAUGGAGGUCUCUUUGGCGUGCUCUUCCCGUUCUCAACUUCGAUAGCGCCUCUUUCACUCACUACUCUUCCUUCGCUAAUUUCGUUCUCCAUGUUCUUCACUCUUCCACCUCUCUCACCCUCACCCACUGCAAAUUCUGGUUCGACAUCUCUAACCCUAUCUUCUGCUGUCUUCAAAUCUGCAUCGAUCGCCAAGAUCUCUGUGAGGGUCUUGUCAGAAUGUUCAUCCACCACGUAACUACCCAUGGCGUCCAGCAUCUCACCCUCUUGUUCCCGCGUAUUGUUGAUGAUUUGCCCCUUCUUUUCUCUUGCCAAUCCUUGCAACACCUUCAACUCUUCGAGCUCAUCAUUCUUCCCGAUUGCUGGGGUUUCGCCUCCCUCACCACUCUGCAUCUUGUUCGCUGCUCCUUCAUGGUCGAUUGGGAUUACGGGGUCGGGGACCUUCAAAGUUACGAUUCUAGUGAUGGUUCCUUCGACCCUUUUGAGAAUUUUGUGAAUUUGACCCAUUUGUUGAUAUCUGAUUGCCGAUUCCCAUCUAAAGUUCGAAUCUUAGAUAUACGUGCUCCUCACCUCACUAACCUUACAAUAUCCAGUAUGGAACACGUUCGAAACAUAUGCCCGGAUUGUAAGAUCAUUGUCGCUUCCCCGACACUUACAACCUUCAAUUUUGUUGACUCCCAUGUUCUGCAGCUCUUCCUUGUUGGCUCUUGCUCCAUUGAGAGGGCUCAUCUUGAUGUUGCUGUUACUGGUUACCAAGUACCAAAACAUGAUUUCAUUUCUCGUUUGAUUGACAUGUUUUGGGCGAUUGGGGAUGCCAAGGAUGUCACAUUAUCUUUUCAAACUAUAAGUAUUCUUUCCCAGUUCCCUGCUGAAUUGCGCCAUCCUUGUCCUUUUACUGGAAUGCAAAUUUUGAGAGUGAAAGUGCUAAAUGAAUCAUGCUCCACCACCAUGUCCAUACCUGUUGAGGUCUUAAACUUCUUGUUGCAAGGAUCUCCUACCAAAACUUUCAAGGUGGAGGCCAUAAAGCAAAUGGCAAGGAGUAGCAUUGGAGGGAAUUGACUGCUGAUUUUUACAAAUUUAAAAGGUGGCAAGGCACUGCAUGUGUGUUUGAUUAUUAAGAAGAGACAAAUCCAUGUUUCCUCAUUUUGGUGAUUAGAUGGGUUUGGUUGUGAAUGUGUUCCAUAAGCUGGUUUUAAGAAGGUUGUUCAAUCAAGUAUAGGUGGAAGAAUUGGUGAAGAAAUACUUUGGUCGCCACACUAAAAAGAAAACUAGUUUAAACAUCAUCUUGAUCUGUAGUUUUAGUGUUUCAGUAAAACUAUGAUUAUGCAGUUAUUGUUAAACAAUUAUUGGUACUGGGACUUGGUGAAAGCUGUGAGGAUUGAAUUAUAUGGUAUCAUGAUUUUCCCUAUAAGUUGUAAUGUGCAAACACCUCCAAGUUGCACUUGAUAGUUCAUUCUUUUUUUUCA